AUGGCUUGCUCAAAUUUAAGAAACACGAUUUUGUUCGUCUUCAUUAUAGCCAACCUUAUUCAUACACCAUUCGCCUCUUCUCUCGAGAUCAAGAAGAAAUGUUUCCUAACCUCGAAAGUCACGGUUCACGUGGCCAACUUGCUAUCUGUGAACGAACCGUUUCUACUGCACUGUCGCUCGAAAGACGAUGAUUUAGGAAUAAAGACGAUUGAUCAAAAUCAAGAAUACAGGUGGACUUUCUGCACUAAUAUCUGGCACUCUACCAAAUUUUGGUGUACUUUUCAGUUGGGACUAAAGCAUCAAGUGAUUAUGGCGUACGAGGAGGCAAGGAGGGAGUACUGUAAAGACAAUCAAUGUUAUUGGUCUGCAAGAGAUGACGGAAUAUAUUUUUCCGACACUAAGUAUUAUGAUUGGAUCAUUGGAUGA